CCCCGCAACGCGGCUGCAGUUUUCAAACCUCAACUGUAAUCUCCGGUCACCGUCUCUGCUGCCGUCGCCGGGAGCCACCUCACAGGGAAACAGGUCACUGCUGUUGGCCGUUGUCCAGAAGAGUAAAAGUGGGUCCUGCCACGUUCGGAGCUACCUGGCGCCUCACUGGGCUAGAGCUGGAGAACAAGUCCUGUGGUGGCCACCGGCGUGUGGCGGGACGGGAGCCCCCUUGGAGGGGGGCAGCCCCGAGAGAACCUCCUGUGGCCCGAGCGGUCAGUGUCUUCCGAUUCGCGCGACCGCGGUCCUGCCGCGACUGGUGGGUAGGCUCGGGGCUGCGAUUCUGAGCCCGUGAACCCGCCCCUUUUACCCUGGAUACGGAGACCCCAAACGUGGGAGGGGUCCCGAGGAGGGAUACAGGCAGUGUGGGCGAAUUAAGGGUCUCCCCAGAACUCCGACCGUCAGCCUAGUGGAGGUGGGUUCGGACUCUGCCUCGUAAUAGGUGGUCCGACUGCCCGGGGCCCGUCUCUGCUCUCCGGCCGGAGUCCUGCUUCGCGAGUUCCCUCGGGUUCGGGGCGAGGACGGCCGGUGGUCCUCCCAACCCCCCACUCAGCGUGUCUUGCGUGUGCGCGCGGUCGCCUGGCUCGCCUGGGCUCUCCCGGGUGGCGACCCGCGGGGGCUCCCUGCGCGACCCGCUCACUCGCGCCCCUUCCACGUUGCGUCGAUGUGGUCCUUCCUGUCCCUCCCGAGUUCACAGCUGUGUUGUGGGCACAGGACGUAUUCACCUCUGGACUGGUGGACACGUUCUGCUCACAGCUGCCUUUGGUCUCGAGAAAGUUUGGUGCUCAUCUCGUGGGGCAUUUUCGGUAACUGCUUGUGAACAGUGUCUUAAAGUCACUGAAUGGAGCAGACGAAUUGCAGUUGUUUCAGUAAUGUUCAGCGAUCUGAUUUUAUUUUGAUGCCGUGUAAAUCACUUAAGUGUAGACGAGUCAUCCUCAAACUAUACAACUACGUCAUGGUUACAGUAUUGAAGUUUAUCCAGCUCUUGGUUUUAUUAUGUAGGGAAAAGCGCUUCAUUUGAAUUCCCGUGGAGGGAUUAGCAGAGACAAAGUUGAAAGAGACUUUAUGGCAGCUGGUAGCUGAUAGUUUUCUUCCUCGGUCUGUGAUGGGACUAAGAGACACUCGGACGCAAACUUGCAAAUUAAAAUUAAAAAAAUACAUUUAAAAAUCCAACCAGGUACUGAUCAGAUUUCAAUACUAUUAGGUCUGUGUAUCACAUUCACUGUUUUGCCAACGUAAUGUUUACCUCUGGUACCGGUGAAAUGCUGAACCUUGGCAGAGAUGUUUGAUGCGGCGUGGCCCCUUUAAGUUCUCAUCUUUGGGAAUGUGUGCGCUGAGACAGCGUGGUCUGCAGGGAAGAUUGGGCAAGUGGUGGCCUAGGUAAAAAUAAGUGACUGAAGAAGCAUAUCUGGGAGUCAUCUAACAUGUCGAGGAGAAGAUUUGAUUGUCGCAGUAUUUCAGGGUUGUUAACUACAACUCCUCAAACUCCAAUGAGAAUGGAAAACUUUAAUAAUUUUUAUACACUUACAUCUAAAGAGCUGGGAAGAGGAAAGUUUGCUGUGGUUAGACAGUGUAUAUCAAAAUCUACUGGCCAAGAAUAUGCUGCGAAGUUUCUGAAAAAGAGAAGAAGAGGACAGGAUUGUCGAGCAGAGAUUCUACACGAGAUUGCCGUACUUGAAUUGGCAAAAUCUUGCCCUCAUGUGAUUAAUCUUCAUGAAGUCUAUGAAAAUACCAGUGAAAUCAUUUUGAUAUUGGAGUAUGCUGCAGGUGGAGAAAUUUUCAACUUGUGUUUACCUGAGCUGGCUGAAAUGGUUUCUGAAAAUGACAUUAUCAGACUCAUUAAGCAAAUACUUGAAGGAGUAUGUUAUCUACAUCAGAAUAACAUUGUACAUCUUGAUUUAAAGCCACAGAAUAUAUUAUUAAGCAGCAUAUACCCUCUUGGAGAUAUAAAAAUUGUAGAUUUUGGAAUGUCUCGAAAAAUAGGGAAUGCAUGUGAACUUCGGGAAAUUAUGGGAACACCAGAAUACUUAGCUCCAGAAAUCCUGAACUAUGAUCCUAUUACUACAGCAACAGAUAUGUGGAAUAUUGGCAUAAUAGCAUAUAUGUUGUUAACUCAUACAUCUCCAUUUGUGGGAGAAGAUAAUCAAGAAACAUACCUCAAUAUUUCUCAAGUUAAUGUAGAUUAUUCAGAAGAAACAUUUUCAUCUGUUUCACAGCUGGCCACAGACUUUAUCCAGAGGCUUUUAGUAAAAAAUCCAGAGAAAAGACCCACAGCAGAAAUCUGCCUGUCUCAUUCUUGGCUACAGCAGUGGGACUUUGGAAACUUAUUUCACCCUGAAGAAUCUUCCACUUCCUCUCAAAGUCAGGAUCAUUCAUUAAGGUCCUCUGAAGACAAAACUUCUAAAUCCUCUUGUAAUGGAACCUGUAGUGAUCGAGAAGACAAAGAGAAUAUUCCAGAGGAUAGCAGCAUGGUUUCCAAAAGAUUUCGCUUUGAUAACUCAUUGCCCAAUCCCCAUGAACUUGUUUCAGAUUUGCUGUGUUAGCACUUUUCUCUUUGACCUAGUGGACUGAAUUUGGAAUUUGAAAUCUACUCCAAUGUGAGAUUGUGGUUUGUAGCUUCAUUUAUGGCAUGUUUAUUUUGUAAAUGCACUUUUGCAUAGAAGUGUUUUAAUGCCAAAUUAUUAGUAACAAGCAUAAUUUUGUUUCCUGUUCUGAGAUACUAACUCUUCAGAGAAGAAAAUAUUUAAAUAUAUGACCAAAAUAAAGCUAUGCAUGUGAGUUUACAUGUUAAUUGAAGAAUUCAAGUUCAAAUGGAUUUAUCAAAAUAUUUUACAGGUGAGGAAAACAUUGAUUCGGGUUUAUAUUAUGGUUGAUAUAAAACUGAACAAAACGAAGACAUUUGAAUUCAAUAGGUUCUAUGAGGUAAGUUCUAUAUACAUGCCUCUACUGACAAAAUUUUAUUAGGAUAACAAUGUCAAGUUUAAACAAGAAUAUUUACUAUUUUUAUAGAUCUGGGAUAUUUUAUAUUUGAAAAUAUUUCAAUCACAAAUAUUUUGAAACUGCCUAAGAUUUCCAGGAUAUAUGAUCUGCUACAUGAGACAAGUCCUUUAACCAGAGCAAAGAGGGAAAUUAGAAAUUAGGGAUAUUCCAUACAAGUUGGAGGAAAAAAAAAAGCAGCAUGGUAUCAUUUUUUUUUUUUUUGACUCAAAUGUCUUACCCUCUCUCAUCAUACUUCAGAUUUAAUAAGGACUGAAAGAUGGAGACUUAGAUUGUACACAAGUGUACAGGAUUUUCAUUUUCCAGAAUUUGUGAAGUAGAAGAUACUUAAGUAAGACUGCAUGUACUCUAUUUUGGGUGGCCAAACAUAUUUAUUAAUUGAGCGUAGAAGAAAAUGCUGACUUAUUUCAGCAACUUACAGAAUUUUAGAUGUUUUCUAAGUCUUAGGAUAUAAGCCAGUCAUUCAGAGUUCUAAAAGUGUACAUAAAAAAAUAUCACAGUACCCGUAAGACUGUUAACACAGUGCCAGAGUCCACAACAGCAAGGUGGAUGUGAUCAUAAAACCUGAUGACAUGCUCUUCUAAAGUUCUUAGGUAAAAUUCCAGUGAGUGAUGAGGCCCAGCAGAGGGCCAUCUGCAGGGUGGCCUAUAAUGGUCUUUUGUUGGAACCAAUGCAAGAGUCUAAGGACAGAAGGGUGGCUGGUGACUGUUUAGUGAUAAUAAAGGGAAGUUCACUCCUUUUAUGGUUAUCUUUGAUGAUUUCGCACCUGGUUACUAUCAAAAAUUCUGUUAUAUUAUCAUGUUAGGAUAAUUACCUCAUGAUCAUGUUACUAUAUCAAAUUAAAUUAUAUUUUGACAAAAAAAAUUCUUGAGUUUUCCCCCCUUGAAUUAACAUAUUACUGUAAAGUCUUUAACUUUCUGAAAUUUGAUAAGACUCCAAAUAACUUAAAACUGUUUGUAAUAGCCAUCAGUUCACUUUAUUUGACUAAAUGUUGAAUUCCUUUUAAAUCUUUAGCAUGCCUUAAAGAAAAAGUUAUUUCUACUUGUGUGUGUAUAUGUGUAUAUGUAUAGGUGUAUGUAUUUAUGUAUAGAUAGAUAAAAUAUAUAGUCUUUAGACAACUUUCUCUUAGAGAUUCUUUGCUGUACUAUAUUGUGUUCAACUCAGGUGCCAAAGGAGCUCUCUUCUUAUGGACAUGUAAAUAUACAUUUAAAUUCUUUAAGAAAUAGUUUGUUGGUUCAAUAAACUAGCCAUUGCAGAAGCUAAAUUGGGCUCUUGUAUAUCUAAAACUGAUGAGUUUUUUCUAAAUUGUAGAUUGUCUGGUUAUUUGCCUUCCAUAUUAAGCUAAUGCAGGUAAAAUUUAGCAAGCCAUUGGUGAAAGAGGAUUUUUACAAAAGAUCAUAUUUUAUUUUUAAAUUUCUAGAGGAAUUAUGCCAUAGUAAAAAUUAAAAAUAAAAAAAUGUUUGAAUUUUAAAUUAUAAGCUGAUUCUUAAAAAAUAUUUUAUGCCAGCUUUCUUUUAAUAUGAAGAAUCUUAAAAUAGUUCAUCUGCUGCCCCUUAGUUACUAGAAUACACAGAGUUGUAAAUUUCCAUACCUUUUUUCCUAGCAAUUUUUAUUAUAAAAACGCAACAAGGAGUUGCACAAACAGCAUACAAAUUCAGUUUUUUUUCAUAAAGGUUAAUUUAAAUAUUUUCACUGUUUGAAAUGUGAAAAUAAAUUAAACCAGUAUUUAGGGAGAACUUGUUGACAAAUGACUCAAUUCUUAUUCUUUUUCUCCCAACGUUGAAAACAAAUAUCAAAAGUAGAUGAUGUAUCUCAUUAAAGCAGGAAUCUUAGCCCCUCUGAGGUGACCAGAUGUCAAUAAUGCUUAAACACAUCUGAAAAUUAAUGUUAAAUUGUGGUGUGUUUAUAAAGUUUAAUAACUUUGCUUUUUGGACAGAUAGGAUUAAAAAAUAAAGUACAGAUGACAGUUAUAAUUGUCAUUUUAAUUUUUUCCCCACGGUCAAGUUAACUCUGAGCAGUAAAUUUAUAGGGGCACUUUAAAGAAGUAAGCAGUAUGUGUUCUACAGUCUGUAAUGAGAUUAGGCGCCUGUCCCAGAAGGUACAUCAAAACAUUGCUUCCUUUAAAGAAAGUCUUGUUAUAAAAAGUCAGCUGAUUAAUGAUAUAGUUCAUUUUUAUUCUGGCACAAGUUUUUUCUUUCAUUUGGGAUGGGUUGCUAAUAGCUCAUGGACCAGACUUUGAAUAGCUUUGCUCUAAACAACAUUUAUAAACUGAUAUCUUAUAACUGUUUACAUUUCUUCUGUUUAUUUUUGAAUUUAGAUUUUUAUAUCUGUCUUGGAAACUUGUCUUUAUUUGUUGUUGUGUAAACAAUUGUUCUUUAAUUUCAAAUUGUAUUAAAAUUAAGUUAUCUGACUUCCAAUUUGGAGAAUUAUUAUCAAUUUAGAAUUUUAUAAGACUUUAAAGAAGUUUAAAUUCUAAUUGUAAAUUUCACACAAAUUACAACUGCCCAUCUUAACUUUCAUUAAAUAACUGUGUUGCUUAAGCAUACUGACUGACAUUAUUAUAAAUACUUCAGAAAAAAAGUAUGUAUGUAUAUAUAUGUAUAUAUAUAUAUAUAUAUAUAUAUAUAUAUAUAUAUAUAUAUAUCUCAACUUGAUCCUUUUGGUUAAAAUUAAAAAGUGCUUUUUUACAUUUGUGACUGUCUUUUGCUUUAAAGUAUUUCUGAGUUUGUUAAGCAAACUUCCUUGCCUGGAGGUCCGAGCCUUGACACAUGUCAUUUUUGAACUCCUUUCCAGUACAUAUGUGUUUACUAGAUCCUGUCUGUUAAAAAGCCACGUAAAUUUGAAAACAAGUCUAUUCUCUGGUAAUAACUAGAUACUUUCAGAAAAUGUUAGUAAGUGGCAGUGUACUACAUGUUGCAUAAGGAUGAAUAAGGGAUUUUUAUUUACCCAGAAAUGGGUGAACUGUUUCUGUUGUGUCUUUGUUUUUAGUUUAAAUAAAUUGACUUUUUAAAAAAGAUGAAUAA